AUGCCCGAUGUCGCAGAGGCUAUUUGCAUCGACUCGGAAGAGGAGCCUCUGCAGCCCCAGCCGAAACGGAAGAGAAAGAGGAAGCAGAAUGCGCCUCAGAUUGCAAAGGAGCCGAUCGUGCUUCCAAGCUGCAUCGACUUGGACGUGGAGGAGAAGGAAGCUGGUGGAGAUCAACCAGUAGGUGCCAGCGGCGAGCAGGUUCGUGAGCAGCCUGUUCACGUUGUGCAAGCCGUUUGUUUAUCAUCCGAUGAGGAGGGGCCCACGCUGCCCAAACGCAGCCAGGAACAGGCAGCACAUCCGAGCGCGGCAGACAGCGAGCUCGAACAACGAGCUCAGGACCUGGCUGAUGCGGCGCUGCAGAACCUUCCACCCGCUGCACGAGCAGCGCGGUUUGUCAAGGUCAAGCACAGCAUUCUUGCACGCCUGAGAAGUCAAGCAGAGACGGGCAGUCUUCCGAGCCUUCCAGAUCCGAAUCCCCGGAGUGUGCUUCCAGAAGAAGCGCCAGUGCCACCAGUGCCACCGCCUCCCCCACCGGAGGAGCCCAAGCCGUCAGCCACGCAAAGUGCCGAGCUGACCCAGCAGAAGCAGCGCCUGCAAGACUGGCUGGAGCGAAACCAGGAGAGGUUGCAGCAAAGGCUGUUUCGAGCAGAGCAGCAGCGCCUGGAUGCAGCACGGUUACGCGAGGAGGCAAGGCAGAAGCGCAAGGCCCUGUGGACCACGCCGGAACCUGAAAAGGCCGGCAGCGAAGCAAAAGAUGGCAGGCUCACGGCAAACGGCUGGGAGAGCAGCCAGUUUCACAACAGCAAGGAGCGAACGAAGUUUCUUCGCUUGAUGGGUGGACAGAAGUUUGUGGAAGCCGCGAAAGCUCUGGAGGCUGGAGUAGAUGACGACCAAGUCUUUGAGCUGAUCGCAGGGGAGUGGGUUCAAGCGAAGGAAGACGAAGAGGAAGAGGAGUUUGAAGUCAGUGCCGAUGCUCCCACGGUCGAGCUGUUGGCAGGAGAGUGGGUGGACGUCGGCGCAGAGGCGAAGGCCUCACCUGCACUUGAUCACCAUGACCGGGAACAAAACCUGGAAAGGCAGUUCCUCGACGGGAUGUCGAGACAGCUAGGCGAGCGACGCCUUGGGCUGGGGGCUAUUUGCACACGGCUCGAUGUCGUGUCACUAGCUGCUGAGUACACUCAACAGGACUUCUCCAGCCGGCCCAGUUCAGCACCCAAGUUCCAAUGCGGACAGGACUGCUCACACGGCCAAGGCUGCAGCACGUGGAGUGUCUUGUUGCGCCAUGAUGAUAUCCACGACGAGGCUGCUGCGCCAAGCGAAUUUGACUGGGCGGUGGCACCGACUCAUCACCACUUUGCCAUCUUGCACGGGUCACCAGGACGGCCAGUUUCCAGCUGGCGGAGUCGUUAUGUCCUUGGGCGUGAACUGGGCUCCGGGCAGACGGCCAGUGUUUUCGAGGCCUCGGCGGCUCCCAACGACGCUAUGCCACCUCCGAGUCCACGUCCAGGCGACGAGAGAUGGGGUGGAUCAAGCCCUUCCAGUUCUCCUGGGCGGAAGGUAGCGUUAAAGCGUUUCCACCGACAGCGGACUACCAUGUUCAAGGUGGAGCAAAAGGCUCUACUCGCAUCCGGCGUGCACCCCAACGUGAUCAGGCUGCUUGAAAGCUUCGAGGGGGGGAACGAAGAGGAUGCCAUCGUACUGGAACAUUGUGAAGGGGGAGACAUCUACGAGCUCUAUGCAUCAAGCAAAGGGGGCUGCAUGGAGGAAAAGUUCGUCGCGCAAUUGAUUCACCAACUGCUGCAAGCGUUGCAGCACCUGGUGGAGCGGGGCAUCGAGCAUCGCGAUGUAAAGCCAGAGAACCUGCUGUUGUAUGCUGGCCAAGAAGCAGAGAAGAAGCAACAGGCACCCCUCAUCAAGCUUGCCGAUUUUGGCUGGGCAGUGAUCGUGGAUCGGCCUGCACCGCCACCACACAUCCCUGCAGAGGGGGUCGGAUCGCUGUGGUACGCGCCGCCCGAGCUGAAUCCACCGGUGAAAGGGGCGGAGAUCGUGAGUGACGAGCUUCAUGCAGGUAAGAGCGACAUGUGGAGUGUUGGCAUCAUCGCUUACCUCCUCCUGACUGGUCACAGCCCUUUCAACAAGGCGUUGGUCAUCAAGAAUCCUGAGAAAAGAGAAGCAGAGGUGAUUCGGUUGGCGGCCUUUGGUGACAUUAACACGUCUACGAAGGUUUGGAACAUGGAUCUGUCUGCAGCGGCUCGGGACUUCAUUCUUGCCCUCGUUCGGCCAGAUCCGGCGAGACGAUUGUCGGCAUCAGCUGCCCUCCACCAUGCCUUCGUUGCUACAGCAUCAGCUCCAGAUCUUUGCGGUAACUUCAGGCUUUGUGCGCACCAGGCACUGCUCGAGAAUGUGCCCAUGAGGUGGAAUGGUAUGGACAUCUUGCAGCGCCUGUGUUGGCUUGCGAUUGCGAGAGCCGUCGCCGAGCCUGAGCUUAUGGCCGUGGAUCGCAUGCAGGAUUUCGUGCGCAACGAGGGAAGCCGUGGUGGAUAUGUGGAACGGCUGGCUAUGGAAUUGGUUUCUGUGGCAUCCCCUUCCUGGUUCACUUCACAGGCUGUUUGGACGGACGUUCUGCACCUCGCUUUCUUGUAUCUGGACGUGGACUGCGAUGGAUUGCUGAGCUCGGAUGACCUGAGUGUUCAUCUUCCAGGCGACCGCCGUUCGCGGGAGUCCUGGCAUGCGUGCAUGUGCAAGUGGCGCAACCAGCAGGUGACGUCACCAAGCCAGUCCAUGUUCUUGACAUUUUUGGACUUCCGUGAGGCUGUGUGCUCGGCCGCCCUAACAUCCUAUUUCCCUCCGCUCGAGAACCAUCCGCCUAGUGCCGGAGCUGCGUCCUGUGAUGUGGCCUGGCUGCAGCGCAUGGAAGCCAUCGAGGAGGUGUGUCGAAGGUUCGCUGACGCAGAGAUGCAGUAG